CGAAUCCUCUCGUUAAUAAUGCGAAACAUUCUCUCGCAUUUGCCAUUGCACCAGGAACUGAAGACUGGGGAGCAAACGUGCCGACACGAGACCGAACUCAUCGCAUCUGCGAACGCAGUAGAAAUGAAUUGGGAACCGUUAUCGGUAUGUAUGCCCUCAGGUGUAGUGUUGAAUGUUGCAUCCACUACCCUGAACAGUGCUAA